GCCGCCGCCGCCGGGGGGUGGGAGGCGCCGCGUCCGGGUGUGCGUGCGUGUGUGUGUGUGUGUGUGUUUGUGUGUCUGUGUGUGUGAGCGGGGGAAAGCUCGCCAGCCCGGCCCAGCCCAGCCCAGCCAGCCCAGCGCCCGGCAUGAAGAACUUGCAGCUGAUGGAGGCGGAGGCGCGCUGGAAGCGCUUCUGCCUGAAGGAGCUGCGCGGCAUCCAGAAGCUCAAGCGCAGGAGCCGGCCGGGGCUGCGCGGCGGAGGACAACCGGGGGUCUCGGAGCACGUGCGCCCGGCCGGGGCUGCGCGCCCCCCGGGCUUCGGCGAGGCGCGGGCUCUGCCCGGGGGCGAGGGAGCCUUCCCGGCGCUGCGCUGCCCAGGGCCCCCCUUCCCGGAGGAGGAGGAGGAGGCGCCGUCCGGGGGGCCCCCCGAGAGCAUCUUGCCGCCCCUGCCUUGCCGGGUGCUGUACGGCGGGCCCGACGGCCACCCCGGGGGCUCCGCUUCGCCUCGCAGGCGGCCGAGCGACCCGGCAGGCGGCGGUGGCGGUGGAGGCUCCGGCGCCGGGACGGAGAUGAAAGCGCUGCAGCAGACCCGGCGCCUGCUGGCCAACGCCCGCGAGCGGACCCGGGUGCACACCAUCAGCGCCGCCUUCGAGGCGCUCCGCAAGCAGGUUCCCUGUUAUUCCUACGGACAGAAGCUCUCCAAGCUGGCCAUCCUGAGGAUAGCCUGUAACUAUAUCCUCUCCUUGGCCAGACUGGCAGACCUGGAUUACAGCGCGGACCACAGCAACCUGAGCUUCUCCGAGUGUGUGGAGCAGUGCACCAGGACCCUGCAGGCCGAAGGCCGGUCUAAAAAAAGGAAGGAAUGAUGACCGAAGGGUGGAUUGAGCAGAAGAACCGAGCAGUUAUUUCUCCUAUCUUCUCAAAAGUAGCCAAGUUCCCGUGGGAGAAAGCAGAAAGCAUCUGUCAUUUGAAGAACGGCUAUGGAAACACUCUGGGUGUGACAUCCUUUUGGAGAAGAUCGAGGCCUUUUCUUUUGUCAUGUCUUCUUCGGCCAAUCUUGUGUUAGUAUCUCCCGCUGCUCCUUUAGGAAAGACCAUCCGCUUUGUAAUGACAUUGCUAGUGCCAAAGAACUGGUUGUGUUUCUGUAUAAUCUCAAACCCAGAGAUUACAAUCUGUACGUUCUGUAAAUUGCAAUAGCCAGCAGUAUAAAUCAGGGGUCUGCUGAGAGGUGGAAGAAGUCGUGGUUGCUUUCGGUGGGCUACACAUUCAAAAUGGGCAAGUGUGCGUAGAGGAAAGGGUUGGCAAAGCCUGAUUAAAGUGGUGGCUACGGAGCUGGCCAAGCUUCCUGUAAAUAAAACGGCAAAGUUUUCUGUAAAUAAGUAACAGUCCUACCUAUUUGAAAACUGGAGCCCUAAAAUCAUCAAGGAGCAAUCUGCAUGUCGGGUGGGAAAGACCAGAUCCACAUGGGAAAGUCCAAUCAAAUUGAUUUAUCGCUAAAAAAAGUCAACGCACAAGAAUGUUUUUAACCUGCUUGGAGUUAGAUCAGGAUCAGUGGAAUUCAAGGGAGAUUGGAUUAAGUCCAUCUGUGGCGACGUAGAGAUUCUAGACUGAUUGCUUUUUUGACUCCCCCCCCCUCAAGUUCUGCCGCUCCUUUUCCUACACGGCGCUAUUGUUCCACACAUUUCUUUUCCCGCUUCACCUUUACCAAAUUUGGCUUAUUUAAAAGAGCCAGAUUUUUACAAAGGAUGAUUUCUUUCUAUUUUUUUUCUUAAAAAACAAAAAACACCAUUUAACCUGAUCGAUUACAAUGUAUAUUAUCAAAGAAAAGGAAGCUUAAAUUGCCAGUGUCAAUUAGCAGAAUAUUCCAGAAAGCUUUAUAAUGUCAACGUUUUGAAUUUCGGAAAUGCUCGCGCCUGCGUCAUGCAAAGGCAUUUGAAUACUCUGCUGUAUAUUUCACUUCAAAUUGAAGUAAAAACGAAAAAAAUGUAUACAGAAA